AUGUAUGCCAGCGAUUUCGCCGUGGCUAAGACAGGCGUCUACUGGGACAUAGAGGAUUGCCCAAUCCCUGAGAAUCUAUCUCCUAAAAUGAUUUACAAGAAUAUCAAAGCAGCCCUUGCUGAUAUGGGUUACAAGAAUAUAUAUAGAAAUUUUCUGGUUCAUGGAAUCCAUGAAAGGCUUCUCGGUACGACCUAUAAGCCACCUAAGAGAUGGAGCUCACUAGAGGUACCCUUCGGUCCCAAUGUGAGGAGUAGCUACUGGUGCAAAGUUCGACAAUAA